AUGGAGUUUCAGCGAGGAGAGCGCGUGAAUCUCAAUUUCGACACUGGCGCAGUAGAAAAGCUGGAGUCUGAGGACGAUUACCAGUCGGCGCAACCCACAUUCCCUACAUUCGUGGGCGACAUACUCGAGCGCGAGUCGGCUCCAGCUAACGCACCAGUCGCACCUUCGCUCAAAGCAAAUGUAAAUGGCUUUCCAGCGCAUAAGAAACGCACACCUAGAGUUUCUGCUUUCAAGCAACAGCGCGCGGCAAAGGAACAGCAAGCAGCAACAGCCGCAAAUAGCACUUCACAAGAUGCGCCCAAGACACGCAAUGUGGGGUUUGACUUGAGCAACGAAAAGAAGUCAAUAGACGAGGAGAACAACAAACGACUCGCAGACAUGUCAGCCGCAGAGAUUGAGCAGGAGCGGCAGGAACUCAUGUCGAGUCUUAGUCCUGCGCUGAUUCAGAAGCUCAUGGCACGGUCAAAUAUAGAGGAAGGGAGCAACGAGCGCGAUCUCUUCCCAGUGGAACCCGCUCCAUCUUCUACAACUAACGCCGCAGAGCCUAAGACGAAGGCGCCAAACGCAAAGAAGGUGUCUUUCGCAGCAUCAGAAGACAAGGAAGACGUCGCUCCAGCGUCAGCCGCAACCGCAUCCUCCACCACCUCAACAUCCACUUCACAACCCACCACCUCGUCCACCCAAGACUCGAUACACUUCCCCACGCCCCGCCAACCUCCCGACCUCGACCCCAAUGACCCCUCCUUCCUCAAAAACCUGCACGAGAAAUACUUCCCGAACCUCGCCUACGACCCCAGCGCCCUCUCUUGGAUGGCCCCCAUCGACCCGUCCGACACAUCCUCGCCAUACCACCCCUCUCAAACCGCCCUUAACGCAACAGAGCUGCGCUUCGACUUCAAAGGCACGCUCCUCGCGCCCAGUAUCGCUCGAAGCAUACCCUCCGACCGCGGUCUACACCACCACGCCGACGCGCCCGAGGCCGCGGGGUACACGAUUCCCGAGCUCGCCGUGCUGAGUCGCAGCGCUGUACCGGCGCAGAGAUGUAUGGCGUAUCAGACGCUCGGGCGCAUAUUAUACCGGCUCGGACAGGGCGAGUAUGGGGUCGAGAAAGGCAGGCAGGAUAUCGAUCAGCCGGUGCAGGUUGCGAAGGACCCGGGGGUCGAGGAAAGUGAUGAGGAUGAAGAUGAUGAGGCGGAUGUCGGGAGUGCGAUGGCGAGCGGGCUAUGGUCUUGUAUUGAGGAGGGGCGCGUUAUUGAGACGAUGACCGAGGAGGCGAAUAGGACGAAGGGGCAUUUAACGGCACGGACAUUCGCACAGGAAGCGCUGUGGAAUUGGCGGAGGGGUGGAGGGAGGAAAAGGCAGGCUGUUUGA